AUGCAUAUUGACGACGCUCCUUCAGAGCGCGACUUGGCAGUUUCCAACAACCGGGCAGCUCGUGCUGCCGUAUGUUACACUGUUUAUAUUAUUUACCCCGACCUUGUUGUAAGAUGGUGGAUUAUUCUCAUCGCUUGUGCACUGGACGUGGAAGCUAGCUGGCUGUUGGUAAUGUCACAGCGCUACACGUCAGUCCUGAGCUGACAGCUGCUUGCGUGCAGCGGUGUGGGUGCUGCAUUGGUGGGAGGAGCGUGGCGAGGCCAGAGGCUAGGGGUGGCGCACGUCGCUGGCGCCACGUUAGGGUUAAUGGCCGUGGUUUGUGUGGUGUGGGCUGACGUGGAAGGCGCUCCUACUGAUGGCAAAAAUCAGCUGGUCGGUGACAUGCUAUGCCUAGGGGGCUCCCUUCUUUAUGCCAUGGUGACUGUCCUCCAAGAUAUGAUGCUCAAAACGCAGUCUUGCUCAGACUAUUUGGCUUUAUUAGGCCUCAUUGGCAGUAUUGUGUCGUGCACUCAAACAUUCUUCGUAGAGUUCCACGAGCUGAUGCUCUUCAACUGGUACGAUCUUGACACCAUCGUACAGCUGGGAAGCUACUGCACCACGCAGACAAUAUUCCAGAUACUGCAAUGCUUUAUGCUCAGAGAUGCGGGCUCAAUUAUCCUGCAUUUAUCAUUUUUGUCAGCAGAUUAUUACACACUCAUUGCUGGAAUGUAUAUUUUUCAGUUCAAGUCCAGGGAAUACACCGUACCAACCCUGGACUGCAUCCCUAUAGAGGGCUUAGAGCCUCCCAUCAGCAGAGACACAACCUUUACCUCAUUCCUGGGAGGGCCUCACACCACCAUGGCCAAUGGCAGCGUGACCUUCGCCCAGACCAACGGCACCAAGGAACCGUCUUAGUGGUGUAAGAUUAGAUUUAGUAUUUUAUGGAGAAUAGAGCUAAAUCUAUGACAUUGACUUGAUACUUGGCCUGAGAAGUAUUUUUCUUGGUCCAAAAAAAAAUUGGCUUGUCGACAAUGCGCAAUUCCAGUUGAAAUAUUAGCUACCCAAAGUGUGUAUAUUAUGAGGAAUUGAGAGUUUCCUCUGCUAAAAAAACCUUAAAGACUCCACUAUAUGAGUGCUAUUUCCAGAAUGGAUAUACUUUUUUCAUUUUUACCUAUCAGUAAAGUUGAAUUUCAUUGAUACGCUUAUUUUGCAAAAUGAGGACUCAGAACUAAAAAAAGAUUUAUCCCCCUAUCCUUCCUUAGUCGAUCUUCACACCUUCUUGGAAGAUUUAACAAAAGCCAUUGAAGCCAUAUUGUUGCCUAAAAACAAGAUAAUGUACAAAUUGGUGUUAUUUCAUAGGAAGGAUUAGACUUGUAGAUAAACUUAGCGGAUGCACUGUCGGCUGUAAAACAUGAGUUAGAUAAUUUUAGCUGCCAUGGCUCAUGCUAGUUAGGAGCUCAGAUUCAUUGCAACACAUACAAAGAAUAAAGAACUAAAGAUUUUUAAAAUACAAUAACAUAACGCACAAUAGUUACUAAAAUAGUGAGACGAAUUAAUUUAUAGCAAAAUGAGCGAUAAUAGCUUCAAAAAGAGUCCUUUACGCGGGAAUUGAUUCAAUUUGAAAGAAAACAGAAUUCAACGGACUACAGAAUUCUUUCGUCUAUAAGAUUUGCCCGCGGGUGGCGGUUAGGUAUUCCUAAAAAGUAAGCAAAAGUUAAUCCUAUAGGCCUACCGUUUUAACGGCUAUAUCACGUACGUUUUAUAACAAAUUCAUCAAUCAUAAUCGUAUAAGAAACUAGUCAUUAGUGUAAGGUAUGUAAGAGCUAUAUUAGCGCACAGUUAUAUCCAGAUCACUUUUAUGCAAAUAUAGUUUUUCCUAUGAAUCUAUUUAGCAAUAAUCGACCACUUAUCUCGAUAUUGAACGAAUACUGCCACAUACUCGAAUUUUUACUCAAAUUUUUUAAUGAAAAAUAUUAACAUUUAGAAACGUUUGUAUGAAAUUUUAAAAGUAGUUUCUACGAGAGAUAAUGUAUUGGAAUUGUAUAACAUUGAAUAGAAAAAUAUUUAGGGUACGUACGGAGAUUUAGGUAUCAAGGUAAUAUAGAAAAAAAUGAAGUAGAAACCGCUGCGUAAACAUUAACUUGUGCUGACCAAUUUGUUUCGAGUAAAGAUAGAUUUAAAAGUUUUUCAUACUUAUUAACAUUUUACAGUAUUUAUCCAGUAUUAUUAGCAGAAACUGUAAGGUAUAUUAUCAAAAGACAUAAACCUAGAUCUCUAAAAUAGUUUCAGCGGUUUUUACAAUCUUAUUAAGUCUAUUAGGUAAGAUAAACUGUGAUUUUAGUUUCCAAAUUGAAUAUUUUAAUUAUUGUUAUUUCCUUUUCUCAAAUUUUAGUGAUAUUGCAGAGUUAAAUGUAAUUUUAAACCACUUUAUUGUCCGCAAACGUAACCAAAAAUAUAGAUUUAACUUGCAAAGACAAGAUAUUAUAUGCCUUAAAAAUGUAAAUUGUUUUAUAUUAUUGUAGUGGUCCGAAUACUAUCCAGUUAUUUACAGUUACACAAUGAAAAUGUUUAUUAGAUUAUUAUAAAUUAGGCAUACAUAAAAUAUUUGGGUUACUACUACUACCGUGUUCGGUGUAUAUGUCACCGUAAAAUUGUGAAUUCCGCCAGAUUAUAAUCUGGCGUAGUUAAAUUACAAUCUAACCUAACCUAACCCACUGUUAGUUUACAAUCUAACGCGUUAUAUUAUAAACUGACAGAGUUCACAAUUUCACGUUGACAUACAUACUAGGAACACGGAGACUGACACCACGUGCUAACCGAUCAUAAUCUUUACGUGCGAGGCGUGUGCGCAUAAGUACUAUAUCCAAACGUCCUUAAUUUAAAGUUUU